UUGUAUCGUGACCGAGCUUUUGUGCGGACUAUUUUAAGAUUAACCUUAAGUAGUAGUGCAGAAUGAGUGCCAUUUUAAAUACGUUUAUUUUAUUAACGCAAGCCAUAGUUAUAUUUGCGGCGGUACCACCAAUCCAGAAAUGCCAGUUAUCUGACCCAGAAUGUCUGAAGAAGACUGCCCAGGCUUUCGUAGAAACAUUUACCAGUGGAAUCUCAGAGGUGGGCAUUGAAGUUUUGGAGCCAGUCCACAUUGAUGUCAUCAAGAUCGACCUGUCUGGCCUGAAGCUCACUGUCAGAGAUGCUGACAUUAAGGGACUCAAGAAAUCCGUGAUUGACAAACUUAAAGUGGACACAGCAAAGAAAGUCAUCGAGUUGACUUACCAUGUAGCUCCUAUUGUGUUGAAGGGCAAGUAUAAGGCCGGUGGUAUGUUGCUCAUCCUACCCAUCAGUGGAGACGGAGAUGUUACUAUCAAAAUUAAAAAUCUCGUAAUCACCCUGACUAUGCCCUACGACAUCGUCAAAAAUGAGCAAGGCAAAGACGUCAUCGAGUUAAAGAGUUACAAAUACACUUACGAGAACAAUGAAAACACUCACUUUAAACUGACCAACCUGUUCAAUGGCAACAAACAAUUGAGUGACGCCAUGCUGACAUUUAUGAAUGAAAACUGGAAGGCGAUUUCCCAAGAAUUUGGCAACCCUAUGUUGGAGAAACCAGUACAAAAGAUAUACAAUGCCAUCAAGAUUUACCUGAAAUCACAGCCCUUAGAAGAAAUAGCUAUUGUUUAAAUUGUUGCCAAAAAUUAAUUUAUCCUUAGUUUUUACAUUUGAUAUUUGGUUUAGGAUUUGAUACUUUACCUACCUAUUGUUUUUAAUAAAAACGAAGUUUUUUAAUUUUUUUGUACCCUGUUUUACCC